GGACGCCCGCGCACUUCGCUGGGAGGCCUGGCUGUGAGGGGGGCGGGCUCACAGAGCCGGAAGGACGUCAUCACGGACGUGACCCCGUGCGUGACCCCGCCCCACCGAGCCCAGGGCGCCAGGCCCGGAGCCGAGAGGCCCAGAGCCCCGCACUGGCCGUGGGCCGCGCCCGCUGGGCGGUGCGGGACGUGCGGUGUCCGCGGGUGGAACCGCUGACGGCGGCUCCGGGCGGCGCGGGGUCGGCCUGUGUCCCGGCCCUCCGGAGGCCGCGGCAGGAGCAGGGCUGGCUCUGCGGCGAGACCGCGGGCCUGUGUGAGGCCGCCGCUCCCCCCGGGGUGACAGGGUGACUCCGUCAUGAAAGAGCAGAACAACGACACGCACCCCACAGCAACUGCGGGAAGUGGCUCUGCGUGUUUCCACGGCGAAGACUAGCUUGCAUUUCUAUUGUUUUACUUAGAACCCGGUAGGGAUUAUUUAUUGAUAGUGUACGGUGUGCCUAUGAUUCCGUCAGCAAACUUGAGCAUAAUAUUAUGGGAGCACAAACAUUUUGGAUAAAUAUUAUGUGACUAUUCUGAUGCACAUCUAUGAAUGUCGUAUAAUGGAUAAAUGUAGUUCCAGUUCUGAUCAUUGAGAGCUGGACUUUAGCAAUCCACUCCUAAGAUGAAGUGAGUCUGCAUGUGAUAUCUCUGGAUUGGAAACUAAACAGAGAGAGGGUCAUUUUGGGGAAAUAGCAGUAUAAGGACUUGUGGUAAGUGAACUCAUGCCUCCUGGCGAAAAUACAUCCUAAAUCUCUAGUACUUGUGAAUAGGUUAGAUGUUAUAGAAAAGAGAAAUAAGAUUGCAAAUGAAAUCCACCUUGCUAAAAAUCUUCUUAUAUAAAAGAGGCAGAUGCUUUAUUAUCAUGUGGAAGGCAACAAGCAUAGAUUUCCAUAAAAAUGAAAGAGAGAUGAAAAUAGAAGGUGUGAAGGUGAUGUGCUGUGAGAUGCACAUGGGUUUUUUUCUAAAUGUGUUGUUGAGUCUUUUCUCAUCAGCGUAAAAUGUCAUUCAGUUCAGCUUUACAUAUAAUAGUGAGUAAUCUUAUAUGCCCAUCACUCUUUGUGGUCUAAAUAUUACAUGAAAUAAUACAGAAGAAUAAACAAAUUUUCUGGAGAUGGAGGCCCAAGUCAAGUAGAAACAUACAUAGUUGGCAUUAUAUUGAGGCAAAAUAGUGGAUAUGUUGGUGGGAUAGAUAUAUAUAAUAUACAGGAUAUAUAAAUGAUAUAUACAUACAAACAUACAUGUGUGUGUUAUUUUGUAGAGAAAAUAUUCCUGAGGCUUUAUUUUCAAUAAUUCAUAUUGGAUAAUCAGGGCUAUUAAAAAAUACAGGGUUAUGAAAACCCCUAAAAAUUUUACAUGGCAUAGAAACUAUAAAAUAUAAUUAUAAUUAGGUGAAGUAAAAAUAUUGUUGAUGGUUAGUCUACUGAACAAAAAAUUGAUGAUAUAUCUAUUAAUUUUUUUGCAGAUAGAAAAAAUAUUUUCUUGAUGCCACUAAAUCACUUUUCACUUAUGUUAGCAUUAAAAAAUGCCUUUCUUUUGCAAGCUGGCAUUGGACUCACAGCCAACACCUUCCUCCUCCUCUUCCGCACCCUCACGCUCUUUCUGGAUCACAGGCCGAAGCCCCACGACCUGCUCACCGGUAACUUGGCCCUCGUCCACAUACUGAUGCUGCUCACCAUGCUGUUUCUUUCUCCAGGCCCGUUUGAGUCCCUGCGUUUGCAGAAUGACGUCAAGUGUAAGGCUCUGUUCUACCUGAGCAGGGUGAUGCGGGGCCUCUCCAUCUGCACCACCUGCCUCCUGAGCAUGCUCCAGGCCGUCACCAUCAGCCCCAGCUCCUCCUGGUUGGGCCGGUUCAAACAGAAAUCCAGACGCUACGUCAUCCAUUCCUUACUCUUUUCAUGGAUUCUCUGUUUUUCCUUCAGUAGUAACCUGCUCUUCUUUACUGUGGCUGCUUCUAAUGUGACCCAGACUCAACUGCUGAGUUUUGGUAAAUACUGCUCACUUUCCUCUGCAAGCUCCCUUAAGCAGAGCCUGUUUUUUAGGCUGAUACAAUUCAGAGACAUCUCCUUUGUAGGCGGCAUGCUGCUCUCGAGUGUGUACAUGGUGACUCUCUUGUUCAGGCAUCAGAGGCGAUCCCAGCACCUGCACAACAUGUCCCUCUCCCCGAGCAUCUCCCCGGAGAAAAGGGCCACCCAGAUCAUCCUGCUCCUGAUGAGUUUUUUUGUGGUCAUGUACUGGGUGGACCUCAUCAUCUCCUCUUUUUCCAUAUUAUUGGUGACAAUCAGCCCAGUCAUGUUGGAUGUCCUGACGCUGGUGGUGAAUACCUAUGCCACAGUGAGUCCUUUACUGAUAAUCAUUUUUGAUAAAAGAAUAAUCAGUACUCUGCAACAUAUGAACAGAAAGCUCAUAGAUUUUUAACGAAAUAAUAAAAUUAGUUCUCUGAAAAUUGGGUGUUUCUGCCUUCAGUUAAACUACUCACAUAGCAGAGAACUUGUUAUUUGAUUCACUUAAAACAUGCAAAAUGGCGGUUUUGUAAUACCUAUAUAUUUUUAAAUAGACGCUGGCAAAGACUUUCUGGUUUCCUUAGUUUCCACCUUGAUUUAGUGUUCCAUGUUUUAGAAGUGUGUUAAUAUUCAUUUUGAUUUCCCUCUGAAUUUCUUCCUUGACCCAACAAUUAUUCAACAGUAGA